AUGGAUCAGAAGGAUCCAGAAGCAGGCCAUCCGCGCCGUCUGUCCUGGUUCCGCAUUGUAUUCGAUCAGGCCGUCUUGACUUCCGAAAUCAUCGACCAUCCUUACCCAGGCUCAGGUACUCCAGAUGAUCCGUAUCUGGUAGGAUGGCUGGAGAAUGACCCUCGCGAUCCCAUGCAAUUCCCUGCGUGGAUCAAAUGGUCGCUCACCCAAGUUCUCGCCUUUUCCAUUCUGGCUGUGUCUUUUGUCUCCAGUGCCUACAGCGGUGGCAUUUCAGAGGUAAUGAAAUCUCUUGGAGGAAGCCAAGAAGCCAAUGUCUUGGGUGUCAGUAUUUUUGUCUUGGGUUUCGCAUCGGGGCCUUUCCUCUGGGGCCCUCUUUCGGAACUCUACGGCCGUCAAUACCUCUUCUUCAUCACUUACAUGGUCCACACCGCAUUUAAUGCAGGAGGCGCUGGAGCCAAAAACCUACAAACACUGCUCGUCCUACGAUUCUUUUCCGGAGUCUUUGGUGCGUCUCCCUUGACAAAUGCUGGUGGUGCCAUCGCAGACAUGUUCGCCGCAUCGGAACGAGGGCUUGCAAUGACACUUUUUGCUCUCGCGCCAUUCCUUGGACCAGUAAUUGGACCAGUGGUUGGCGGAUUUGUGGGCGAGACAGUCGGAUGGCGGUGGUUGAUGGGGGUCAUGACGAUUUUUACCGGAAUCGUUUGGAUCAUAGGAGCACUUAUUCUGCCGGAGACCUACGCGCCAGUUCUCCUCCGUCGAAGAGCGCGAAAAUUGUCUGAAAUAAGCGGCAAAGUCUACAUUUCCAGAUCAGACGUAGGACAAGGAAAAGCCAAGCCCUCUGUCUUGUUUAGAAACGCAUUGGCACGACCUUGGGCACUCCUCUUUCUCGAACCGAUUGUCCUUCUGCUGUCCAUUUAUAUGGCCAUCGUCUUCGGAACUCUAUACCUUCUCUUCGCUGCUUUCCCAGUCGUCUUCCAACACGGCCGUGGCUGGUCGCCUGGAAUUGGUGGCUUGGCCUUCUUAGGGGUAGCGGUUGGAAUGAUGGGGGCGAUUGCUUAUGCGUUGUGGGAUAACAAGCGGUACAUCCGAGCAGGACAGCGAGACCCAUCUGGAUUCGCACCGCCAGAAGCACGUCUGCCCGUCUGCAUGAUUGGAGGCAUCGCCAUUCCCGUGGGGCUGUUCUGGUUUGCCUGGACCAAUUCUCCCAGUAUCCACUGGAUGGUUAGCAUUGCUGCUGGAGUGCCUUUUGGAUUUGGAAUUGUCCUGAUCUUCCUGGGAAUCACAAACUACCUCGUCGAUGCAUACACCAUAUUUGCUGCCUCUGUUCUUGCUGCAGGUGCUAUUCUUCGUGCUCUAUUCGCCUUUGCCUUUCCCCUGUUUACGACAUAUAUGUACCGCAACCUGGGUAUUCACUGGGCAUCUUCAGUUCCAGCAUUUCUCUCCAUCUUGUGUCUACCUUUUCCCUUCCUAUUGUACAAAUAUGGUCCGGCCAUUCGACGACGAUGCAAGUAUGCUGCUGAAGCAGACCUGGUGCUCCGAAAGAUUCGUGGAUUGGCUCCUGCGCAGCAGAGCGCACCGACUGGUGUGACGAAUCCGCUGGCUUCAUCUGAGCCUUCGUCGGCUGGAGAAAACGCAGGUUGA